AUGUCGUACCAAUUGGAAGAUGUCCGGCCAAUGUUUGAGUUGCGCAACCGCAACUAUAUCGUCACGGGAGGGGCACAAGGCAUCGGUUUCGCAGUCACUCGGGCGAUCUGUGAGUUGGGAGGCAACGUAGCAGUCCUAGACGUGCAGCCCAAGCCAGCCGCAGAAGAAUUCGCGAAUUUGAGUGAGCAUUUCGGUGUCAAGACGAUAUACAUUCAGACGGAUGUCACCAAGCAGGACAGCCUUAAUGCCAGCUUUGAAAAAGCUCUUGCGGAGCUCGGCUCGAUAGACGGGUGUGUUCCAGCCGCGGGCAUUGCUAUUGACAAGCCUUUUGUCGACCAGACUUGGGAUGAGUUCACGAGGAUCCAAGAAAUCAACGUGAGAGGAACAUUUUUCACGGUGCAGCUAUGCGUAAAGCACAUGUUAAAGCAUGGGAAGGGCGGAAGCGUUGUGUUGCUCGCAUCGCAAUCUGCACACAUCGGCUUGCCAGGCUAUCGCAUGGCAGCGUACAACGCUUCCAAGGGCGGCGUGCUGAUGCUCAUGAAAGCACUCGCAGUGGAACUAGCGCCUCACAACAUUCGGGUCAACUCGAUAUCACCUGGCUUUGUGGAUUCGCAGAUGACCAGAGACGUUCGCGAGCUCAAGAGCAAGAGGGAAGGCGAGCAGAUGUGGAUGGCUCCGCCGAAUCAAAGGUUGAGCACUCAAAAUGAUCUUACCGGAGCCGUCAUCUACCUCCUGAGCGACGCGGCCAAACACACAACGGCUGCUGAUAUCCCAAUCACGGGAGGACUGCACGCUGGAACGAUCGGUGGUCUUAUCAGCUACGAAGAGAAAUAG